CCCUAUAGGCCACAUUUUCAACUGGUGCUCUUUCUUUUUCAUGGCUCGUGGCACUGUUUAGAUCGUGUCGCGAUGAAGUUGAACGUGUCAUACCCGGCUACAGGAUGCCAGAAGCUCAUCGAGAUCACCGAUGAGCACAAGCUCAGAGUUUUCUACGAGAAGCGUAUGGGAGCUGAAGUAGAGGCUGAUUCCCUUGGAGAUGAGUGGAAAGGCUAUGUUGUUCGUGUGGCUGGUGGCAAUGACAAACAAGGAUUCCCCAUGAAACAGGGUGUCCUCACCAACAAUCAAUUCCUUUCCAAAUGAUUCAACUGUAUUUACAAUAUUUUUAACUGUAAACGAGCGCAAAUUGAUAUAGUUUCUUAAAUUUCCUUUUGUGGAACUUAUUAAAAACAAUUCAGAGGUUUUAUUAAGAAAUUUUAUGUUAAUGUUCAAUCGUUUCUGUUGUAGGAGAUUCCUGGGCUUACAGACAAGAAUCUUCCACGUCGUCUGGGUCCCAAGAGAGCUGGACGUAUCCGCAAGCUCUUCAAUCUCACGAAGGAAGAUGAUCUUCGUGAAUUCGUUGUAAAACGACCAAUCCAGAAGGAGGGAAAGAAGGAACGCUUCAAGGCGCCCAAGAUCCAGCGUCUCAUCACUCCCAUUACACUCCAGCGCAAGAGACACAGAAUAGCCCUGAAGAAGAGGCGUUGCCUUGCCCGUAAGGAGCAGGCCGCCGAGUACGCAAAACUCCUCGCCCAGAGGCAGAAGGAAGCUAAAGUCAGACGUGCUGAAGAAGUAAAACGAAAGCGCAGUGCAUCCAUGCGCGACUCGAAAUCCUCCAACCAGUCAGCACCUCACGCAAAAUAAACAACCUGCGAAAAUGUAUUAAAAACAAUAAUAACGCUCGUACGUUGAUAAACAA